UUAUUCCAUCCAUCUUAAUAAGCUUCAAAAGAAUUCAAAACCUUUCAUACAAAAAUAACAUAAAUGGCUUUGGUGAGAAGUCUAUUGGGUGCAAAGAAGAUUCUAAGCCGCUCCACCGUAGCUGCUUCGAGGAGUAAAAGAGCAGCCUCGGGGCCACCAAAAGGGUUUCUUGCAGUGUACGUAGGAGAAAGCCAGAAGAAGAGAUAUUUGGUGCCAGUUUCAUAUUUAAACCAACCUUCGUUUCAAGCUCUUCUCAGUAAAUCUGAGGAAGAGUUUGGAUUCGAUCAUCCAAUGGGCGGUUUUAACGAUUCCUUGUCCUGAAGAUACCUUCAUCUAUGUGACUUCUCGGCUCCAAUUAUGAUAAUCCAACAUUUAGUUCUUCUGAGUAAGAAAUAGAC